GAAGGCGGGGCGGGGGCGGGGCCUCGCGGCCGGCGCGGGGCUGAGCUGACAGGGCCGCAGAGGCUUACCCCGCCUCACUUUAUCGGAACGUGCCUAAGCUGCUGCAGCUGGCACCCGGCUGCGCUCGGCGAAGAGGGCUGGGGGCGGGAGAUGACGGUGGUCUUCUCCCUGCUUGGCACCCUGCGAGCACCAGUUCCCUUCUCCUCGCCACCCCAAGGUUGCAGACGAAGCAGGUACUGUCCUAGAUGUUAAGGACACAACAUUGAGCAAAAGCAUGCAUAGUCCCGGCUUCCGUGACACUUGAGUGAACUGAAUGUGCAAAGUCCCUAUGGCACAAAGUCCCUGGGGCCAGUGUGUGUGGCUGGUAUAGAAGGAGCUAAAGAGAUCUGGUUGGAGUUGGAGGGUGAGAGAAAAUGAAUUCUUUUUCUAAUUUACCUGGAGAGAACUUAACCACUGCAGUCAAUAUGACCAAAACUUUGCCUACAGCAGUAACGCAUGGAUUUAAUUCCACUAAUGACCCACCUUCAAUGUCAAUUACAAGGCUUUUUCCAGCCUUACUGGAAUGCUUUGGCAUCGUCCUUUGUGGCUACAUAGCAGGAAGGGCCAAUGUCAUAACAUCAACACAGGCCAAAGGACUGGGAAAUUUUGUCUCCAGAUUUGCACUUCCAGCUUUAUUAUUCAAAAACAUGGUUGUACUUAAUUUUUCCAAUGUGGACUGGUCCUUCCUAUACAGUAUCUUAAUUGCCAAAGCUUGUGUAUUUUUCAUUGUAUGUGUAUUAACCUUAUUGGUUGCCAGUCCUGAUAGUCGAUUUAGCAAAGCUGGACUAUUCCCUAUUUUUGCUACACAAAGUAAUGACUUUGCAUUGGGAUACCCUAUAGUUGAAGCUUUAUAUCAAACUACAUACCCAGAAUAUCUCCAGUACAUUUAUUUGGUGGCACCAAUAUCUCUUAUGAUGUUAAACCCUAUAGGGUUUAUCUUCUGUGAAAUCCAAAAGUGGAAAGAUACUCAAAAUGCUUCUCAAAACAAAAUAAAAAUUGUGGGACUCGGACUCCUGCGUGUAUUACAGAACCCAAUAGUAUUUAUGGUCUUCAUUGGCAUCGCCUUCAAUUUUAUUCUUGAUCGAAAGGUACCUGUAUAUGUCGAAAAUUUUCUUGAUGGACUUGGAAAUUCUUUUUCUGGAUCAGCCCUAUUUUAUCUUGGUCUCACGAUGGUGGGAAAAAUAAAGAGACUGAAGAAGUCAGCAUUUGUUGUACUAAUUCUUCUCAUCACAGCUAAACUUCUGGUGCUGCCACUUUUGUGCAGAGAAAUGGUGGAACUCUUGGACAAGGGCGACAGUGUGGUGAACCAUACAAGUUUAUCAAAUUAUGCAUUUCUGUAUGGUGUCUUUCCUGUAGCACCAGGAGUGGCUAUCUUUGCAACACAGUUCAACAUGGAAGUAGAAAUUAUAACCUCAGGGAUGGUGAUAAGCACGUUUGUGUCUGCUCCCAUCAUGUACGUUUCUGCCUGGUUACUGACCUUUCCCACUAUGGACCCUAAGCCGUUGGCAUAUGCCAUCCAGAAUGUUAGUUUUGAUAUAAGUAUUGUCAGCCUGAUCUCCUUGAUCUGGUCUCUGGCUAUUCUUCUUUUGAGUAAGAAAUAUAAACAGCUUCCUCAUAUGCUUACAACUAAUUUACUCAUUGCUCAGUCUAUUGUCUGUGCUGGAAUGAUGAUAUGGAAUUUUGUUAAAGAAAAAAAUUUUGUUGGACAAAUUUUGGUGUUUGUUCUAUUGUACAGCUCCCUCUAUAGCACCUACCUGUGGACAGGCCUUCUAGCAAUUUCUUUGUUUCUUUUGAAAAAGCGAGAGAGGGUACAAAUUCCUGUUGGAAUCAUCAUAAUAUCUGGCUGGGGAAUUCCUGCUCUCCUUGUUGGUGUUCUUUUGAUAACUGGAAAACACAAUGGAGAUAGCAUUGACUCAGCCUUCUUUUAUGGAAAAGAACAGAUGAUCAUCACAGCGGUCACCCUGUUCUGCAGCAUCCUGAUAGCUGGCAUAUCCCUCAUGUGCAUGAACCGGACUACCCAAGCAGGAAGCUAUGAAGGUUUCGAUCAGUCUCAGAGCCACAAAGUGGUGGAGCCUGGAAAUACUGCUUUUGAGGAGAGUCCAGCACCAAUAAAUGAACCAGAACUUUUUACAAGCUCUAUUCCAGAAACAAGUUGCUGCUCCUGCUCCAUGGGAAAUGGUGAAUUACACUGCCCAUCAAUAGAGCCAAUAGCAAACACAAGCACCAGUGAGCCUGUGAUUCCUUCGUUUGAGAAAAACAAUCAUUGUGUGAGUCGCUGUAACUCCCAGAGCUGCAUAUUAGCCCAGGAAGAAGAACAGUAUCUACAGAGUGGAGACCAGCAACUGACCCGACACGUGUUGCUGUGUUUACUUCUCAUCAUUGGCCUGUUCGCUAAUCUUUCCAGUUGUUUAUGGUGGCUAUUCAACCAAGAGCCUGGAAGACUUUAUGUUGAGUUACAGUUUUUCUGUGCCGUGUUUAACUUUGGUCAGGGAUUUAUUUCCUUUGGAAUCUUUGGAUUAGAUAAACAUUUAAUCAUCCUGCCUUUCAAAAGAAGACUUGAAUUCCUAUGGAACAAUAAAGAAAUAGCAGAAAACAGGGAUUCUCCUGUUUCAGAGGAAAUAAAAAUGACCUGUCAACAAUUUAUCCAUUAUCACCGUGACCUCUGUAUCCGAAACAUUGUCAAAGAAAGAAGGUGUGGUGCAAAGACUUCUGCUGGAACUUUCUGUGGCUGUGACCUGGUGAACUGGCUAAUUGAAGUCGGCCUUGCCUCCGACCGUGGUGAAGCUGUGAUAUAUGGAGACAGGCUGGUACAAGGGGGAGUCAUCCAACAUAUUACCAAUGAGUAUGAAUUCCGGGAUGAGUACUUGUUUUACAGAUUUCUUCAAAAGAGUCCUGAACAGAGUCCUCCUGCUAUUAAUGCGAACACUCUCCAACAGGAAAGAUAUAAAGAAAUUGAGCAUUCAUCCCCACCCUCACAUUCCCCUACGACCUAAAUUAUGAAGGGGAGAACCCUACAUGGAAUCAUAUUCUAGCCGCAUAUUCAUUAGUUUUUAGCUGGGUGACCUUGGGCAAGUUAACAGAGGCAACCUCUCUGAGCCUCAGUUGUCUCUUCUGUAAAAUGUGACAAGAUGUGUUCCCACCACAUGCUCAGGGUCUGUGAUUUUACAUGUAUGUAAAACACAUAGGAAGCUGACUUAGGAAAAAGAGAAAACCAAAUUAAAGUUCUGAUAAUGAAUAUAAUAUAGUCAUCCUUCAGUAUCCAAGGGGAUUGGUUCCAGGAUUCCUGAAGAUCCCAAAAUCUGAGGAUACUCAAGUCCCUUAUAUAAAAUGGUGUAGGCCGGGCGUGGUGGCUCACGCCUCUAAUCCCAGUACUUUGGGAGGCCCCGAGGCAGGUGGAUCACCUGAGGUCAGGAGUUCAAGACCAGCCUGGCCAACAUGGCGAAACCCCGUCUCUACUGAAAAAUACAAAAAAUUAGUUGGGCGUGGUGGUGGGUGCCUGUAAUCCCAGCUACUCAGGAGGCUGAGGCAGGAGAAUUGCUUGAAUCUGGGAGGCAGAGGUUGCUGUGAGCCAAGAUCGUGCCACUGCACUCCAGCCUGAGCAACAGAACAAGACUCUGUCUCAAAAAUAAAAUAAAAUAAAAUAAUUAAUAAAAUGGUGUAGUAUUUGCAUAUAACCUAUGCACAGUCUCCCAUAUAGUUUAAUCAUCUUUAGAUACUUAUAAUGCCUAAUACAAUGUAAAUGCUAUGUAAAUAGUUGUUAUACUGUAUUGUUUAGGGAAUAACAAUAAGAAAAACAGUCUGUACAUGUUCACUACAGAUGCAACCAUUGUAAGCCUAACUACAUUUUUUUUAUCUGCAGUUGAUUGAAUCUGUGGAUGUGGAACCUGUGCAUAUGGAGGGUCAACUGUACUAUAAAUAAUAUGAAUAUGUCAACAUUA